AUGGAUUCUUCUUACUACUUUGCCUUGGGGACAAGUAGUCCCAUCUUGCCAAAACUCAGUUUCAAGAAUGUAGAGAACAGCUUUUGGGGUGAGAAGACCAACAACAAUGGUUUCUUCAAACGUUCAGCUCCAGAUUUGAGCUCAAAGAAGUUUAGGAAUGGAAACUUCAAGCGAAGUGUUGUUUACUCAGUUGCCACUUCAAAGAAUCCUAAUGAGGCUAUGACAGUGAAGCCUUCGAUGUUCGAGAGAAGAAAGGCAGAUCCGAAAAACGUGGCUGCAAUCAUUCUAGGAGGAGGCAAUGGAGCUCAGCUCUUCCCUCUUACAAAGAGAGCCGCCACACCAGCUGUUCCUGUGGGUGGAUGCUACAGGCUGAUUGAUAUUCCGAUGAGUAACUGCAUCAACAGCUGCAUAAACAAGAUCUUUGUGCUUACACAGUUUAACUCGGCUUCUCUCAAUCGACAUUUAGCACGUACUUACUUUGGGAAUGGCAUCAACUUUGGAGGUGGUUUCGUUGAGGUUCUUGCUGCUACACAAACACCAGGGGAAGCAGGGAAGAAGUGGUUUCAAGGAACAGCAGAUGCUGUCAGAAAGUUCCUAUGGGUGUUUGAGGAUGCCAAGAACAGGAAUAUUGAGAACAUUCUUAUUUUGUCUGGAGAUCAUCUCUACAGAAUGAACUACAUGGACUUUGUUCAGUCUCAUGUAGAUAGUAAUGCGGAGAUAACUCUCUCGUGCGCACCAGUCAGUGAAAGUCGUGCAUCGAAUUUUGGUCUAGUGAAGAUUGAUAGAGGAGGGCGUGUGAUCCAAUUCUCUGAGAAACCAACCGGAGCCGAUCUAAAAUCAAUGCAAACCGACACAACAAUGCUUGGACUGUCUCAUGAAGAAGCUACAGAGUCUCCAUACAUUGCAUCAAUGGGAGUUUACUGUUUCAAAACCGAAGCUUUGCUGAGUCUUCUGACACAACGGUAUCCAAGUUCCAACGACUUUGGAUCUGAAAUUAUUCCUGCAGCCAUAAGAGAUCAUGAUGUUCAAGGAUACAUCUUCAGAGAUUACUGGGAGGAUAUUGGAACUAUAAAGACAUUCUACGAAGCUAAUUUAGCUCUUGUUGAGGAGAGACCAAAGUUUGAGUUCUAUGAUCCAGACACUCCCUUCUACACUUCUCCUCGGUUCCUACCACCAACCAAAACUGAGAAAUGUCGUAUGGUAGAUUCCAUAAUCUCACACGGAUGUUUCCUGCGAGAGUGUAGCGUCCAACGCUCCAUCAUUGGUGAACGCUCACGUCUAGACUAUGGAGUUGAGCUUCAGGAUACGCUUAUGUUAGGUGCAGAUUAUUACCAAACUGAAUCUGAGAUUGCAUCUCUGUUAGCAGAAGGGAAGGUUCCAAUUGGUGUUGGUAGAGACACAAAGAUCAGGAAAUGCAUCAUAGACAAGAAUGCAAAGAUCGGUAAAAACGUGAUCAUCAUGAACAAAGGCGAUGUUCAAGAAGCGGAUAGGCCAGAGGAAGGGUUCUAUAUUCGAUCAGGAAUCACUGUGAUAGUCGAGAAGGCCACCAUUAAAGACGAUAGUGAGACAUUCGUCUUCUGGGACAUGGUGGACUUCCCUCUUCCUCGGGGUGAGAUUGGUUCUUUUUCUAGAAAUCUUGAAUUAUCUCUCCAGAAAGAAGGUUACGUCGGUGAAACGAUUAUCAGAGCUUAUGGUCAUGCAGAACGUUCUUCUCUAUUAGGGUUGGAGUCGGUUAAUUCCCACAUCCUAUUAAACCGACUAAGUACUAAAUUUGCGAGAGUAAAUCGGAUGUUAGUGGACAUGGUUCGUUUUGUAAAAAUGGAUCGUAAACAAAAUCUCAUGUUGAUAAUGAAAGGCAUGGAAGAGGAAGACGCGGAGGUUGUGCGCAUUAUUAAAAAACUGCAACAAAGAAAUCGCAAUGUUCUCUUAGUAGCGGAUGGCGAUGAAGACUACAGAGCAUACCCAUCAGAGGUACAGUCUAGUUGCACCGUAUGGUUUUGGAACAACCUAUUGAAUGGUGAAAGACCUAUACGCCCUCUUCACACAAGUGAAGAGGAGGAGGAUGAUGAAGAUGAUGAUGAUUCUGACGAUGAUGGCUCUGACGAUGAUGAUGAUUCUGGACAGACCGUCUAUAUUCCUGAACUUGGACGCUCAGUUACUGUGUAUUGUAAUUAUUGA